ACUUGCUUUUCAGUCUAAAUCAUCAGUGCAAAAUUCGGAAAACACAGCGAUCUAGAUAUGAAAUACUUUGUGGUCCUUGUCGUCCUGGCCCUCAUUUUGGCCAUCACCGUGGAUCCUUCGGAUGCAGUGUUCAUUGAUAUUCUUGACAAAAUGGAAAACGCAAUACACAAAGCUGCUCAAGCGGGAAUUGGCUUAGCUAAGCCCAUUGAAAAUAUGAUCUUGCCGAAGUAAUUAACGCAAAUCUGUUCUGCACUGCAAUUGAAACAAUGUAUAAAACGAAAAUAAACACAAAUUUUUAAAUCUGAAAAACAAUUAAUUUACUAACGUAAGACUUUUAGUUAACUUAGUUAAUAGACUGGGAUGUACAUAUAUGCCGCUCUCGCUUACAAUAAAAUGUUAAAUAAAUUUUCAGAUUCGUACGUGCUCAGUAAA